AUGGCUGCUAUUACAAACGGCACCAAUGGCACUGCGCCGCACCACAACCAGGGAACAUUCUUGUUCACCUCUGAGUCCGUAGGAGAGGGCCACCCCGACAAGAUCGCUGAUCAAGUCUCCGAUGCCGUUCUCGAUGCCUGCUUAGCUGAGGACCCUUUGUCCAAGGUUGCCUGUGAGACGGCCACCAAGACCGGUAUGAUUAUGGUCUUCGGUGAGAUCACAACCAAGGCCAACAUUGAUUACCAAAAGGUCAUCCGAAACGCCAUCAAGGACAUUGGUUACGAUGAUUCCGCCAAGGGCUUCGAUUACAAGACCUGCAAUGUCUUGGUUGCCAUUGAGCAGCAAUCGCCAGAUAUUGCCCAGGGGCUGCACUACGAGCAGGCUCUUGAGCAGCUGGGUGCUGGUGACCAAGGUAUCAUGUUUGGAUACGCCACCGAUGAGACCCCAGAGCUGUUCCCCUUGACCCUCCAGCUGGCACACAAGCUCAACGCCGCUAUGUCUGCUGCCCGCCGGGACGGAAGCCUGCCAUGGCUGAGACCUGAUACUAAGACUCAAGUUACGGUUGAGUACAAGCACGAUAACGGAGCUGUUAUCCCAGUCCGGGUUCACACCGUCGUUGUCAGCGCCCAGCACAGUGAAGACAUCACCACUGAGCAAUUGCGCAAGGAGAUCAAGGAGAAGAUCAUCAAGAAGGUUAUCCCAGCCCAAUACUUGAAUGAUGAGACCGUCUAUCACAUCCAACCCUCUGGACUCUUCAUCAUCGGUGGACCCCAAGGAGAUGCUGGGCUUACUGGCCGUAAGAUCAUCGUCGACACAUACGGUGGAUGGGGAGCCCACGGUGGCGGUGCCUUCUCUGGUAAGGAUUUCUCCAAGGUCGAUCGAUCAGCUGCCUACCUGGCCCGAUGGAUCGCAAAGUCCUUGGUCCAUGCCAAGCUUGCCCGACGUGCGCUCGUCCAACUCUCAUAUGCCAUUGGUGUCUCUGAGCCACUCUCCAUCUUCGUUGAGACCUACGGCACCUCAAGCAGGAGCUCUGAUCAGCUGGUCGAGAUCAUCCGAAACAACUUCGACAUGAGACCCGGUGUCAUUGUCAAGGAGCUCGACUUGGCCAAGCCAAUCUACUUCCGCACUGCCAAGAACGGUCACUUCACCAACCAGGAAUUCACCUGGGAGAAGCCCAAGACCCUCAAACUCUAG